GGCCGCCGCCGCCCUCCGUCCGCAGGGCCGCCCGCGCCCGCCCGGGGCUGCGGCGCGCGCCAGCCAUGGAAUGAUGCCCACGGCCCGCCCGGUCCCGGUCCCGGUAAUUCUCUGAUGUGACGGCUGAGACAUGAGAUCUUCAGCCUCCAGGCUCUCCAGUUUUUCGUCAAGAGAUUCACUAUGGAAUCGGAUGCCGGACCAGAUCUCCGUCUCCGAGUUCAUCACCGAGACCACCGAGGACUACAACUCGCCCACCACGUCCAGCUUCACCACGCGGCUGCACAACUGCAGGAACACCGUCACGCUGCUGGAGGAGGCUCUAGACCAAGAUAGAACAGCCUUGCAGAAAGUGAAGAAGUCUGUAAAAGCAAUAUAUAAUUCCGGUCAAGAUCACGUACAAAAUGAAGAAAACUAUGCACAAGUUCUUGACAAGUUCGGAAGUAAUUUUUUAAGUCGAGACAACCCAGAUCUGGGCACCGCUUUUGUCAAAUUUUCUACUCUUACAAAGGAACUGUCCACGCUGCUGAAAAAUCUGCUCCAGGGUCUGAGCCACAAUGUGAUCUUCACCUUGGACUCCUUGUUAAAAGGAGACCUGAAGGGAGUCAAAGGAGAUCUCAAGAAGCCAUUUGACAAAGCUUGGAAAGAUUAUGAGACAAAGUUUACAAAAAUUGAGAAGGAGAAAAGAGAGCAUGCAAAGCAGCACGGGAUGAUCCGCACAGAAAUCACAGGAGCCGAGAUCGCAGAGGAGAUGGAGAAGGAACGGCGCCUCUUUCAGCUCCAAAUGUGCGAAUAUCUCAUUAAAGUUAAUGAAAUCAAGACUAAAAAGGGUGUGGAUCUGCUACAGAAUCUUAUAAAGUAUUAUCAUGCACAGUGCAAUUUCUUUCAAGAUGGCUUGAAAACGGCUGAUAAAUUGAAACAGUACAUUGAGAAACUGGCUGCUGAUUUAUAUAAUAUAAAACAGACCCAGGAUGAAGAAAAGAAGCAGCUAACCGCACUCCGGGACUUAAUAAAAUCCUCUCUUCAACUUGAUCAGAAAGAAUCUAGGAGAGAUUCCCAGAGCCGGCAAGGAGGGUACAGCAUGCAUCAGCUGCAGGGCAAUAAGGAAUACGGCAGUGAAAAGAAGGGUUACCUGCUGAAGAAGAGCGAUGGGCUCCGGAAAGUGUGGCAGAGGAGGAAGUGCGCUGUCAAGAACGGGAUUCUGACCAUCUCACAUGCCACGUCUAACAGGCAACCGGCCAAGUUGAACCUUCUCACCUGCCAAGUAAAACCAAAUGCCGAGGACAAGAAGUCUUUUGACCUGAUAUCACAUAAUAGGACAUAUCACUUUCAGGCAGAAGAUGAGCAGGAUUAUGUAGCAUGGAUAUCAGUAUUGACGAAUAGCAAAGAAGAGGCCCUAACCAUGGCCUUCCGUGGAGAGCAGAGCACGGGAGAGAACAGCCUGGAAGACCUGACAAAAGCCAUUAUUGAGGAUGUCCAGCGGCUCCCUGGGAAUGACGUCUGCUGUGAUUGUGGCUCGUCAGAACCCACCUGGCUUUCCACCAACUUGGGUAUUUUGACCUGUAUAGAAUGUUCCGGCAUCCAUAGGGAAAUGGGGGUUCACAUUUCUCGCAUUCAGUCUUUGGAACUAGACAAAUUAGGAACUUCUGAACUCUUGCUGGCCAAGAAUGUAGGAAACAAUAGUUUUAAUGAUAUUAUGGAAGCAAAUUUACCCAGCCCCUCGCCAAAACCCACACCUUCAAGUGAUAUGACUGUACGGAAAGAAUAUAUUACCGCAAAGUAUGUAGAUCAUAAGUUUUCAAGGAAGGCCUGUUCAUCUCCAUCAGCUAAACUGAAUGAAUUGCUCGAGGCCAUCAAAUCCAGGGAUUUACUUGCACUAAUUCAAGUCUAUGCAGAGGGGGUGGAGCUAAUGGAACCACUGCUGGAAUCCGGACAGGAGCUUGGGGAGACAGCACUUCAUCUUGCAGUCCGAACUGCAGACCAGACGUCUCUCCAUUUGGUUGACUUCCUUGUACAAAACUGUGGGAACCUGGAUAAGCAGACAGCCCUGGGCAACACGGCUCUACACUACUGCAGUAUGUACGGUAAACCCGAGUGUUUGAAGCUUCUUCUCAGGAGCAAGCCCACCGUGAGUGUCGUUAACCAAGCUGGGGAGACUGCCCUGGACAUAGCAAAGAGAUUGAAAGCCACCCAGUGUGAAGAUCUGCUUUCCCAGGCUAAAUCUGGGAAGUUCAACCCACACGUCCACGUGGAAUAUGAGUGGAACCUGCGACAGGAGGAGAUGGAUGAGAGCGAUGAUGACCUGGAUGACAAACCGAGCCCCAUCAAGAAAGAGCGCUCCCCGAGGCCUCAGAGCUUUUGCCACUCCUCCAGUAUCUCCCCCCAGGACAAGCUGUCACUGCCGGGCUUCAGCACCCCGAGGGACAAGCAGCGGCUCUCCUACGGCGCCUUCACCAACCAGAUCUUCGUCUCCACAAGCACAGACUCGCCCACGUCACCGACCGCAGAGGCUCCUCCGCUGCCUCCUAGAAACGCCGGGAAAGGUCCAACUGGCCCACCUUCAACACUCCCUCUAAGCACCCAGACCUCUAGUGGCAGCUCCACCCUGUCCAAGAAGAGGCCUCCUCCCCCACCACCCGGACACAAGAGAACCCUAUCCGACCCUCCCAGCCCACUACCUCACGGGCCCCCAAACAAAGGCGCAGUUCCUUGGGGUAACGAUGUGGGUCCAUCAUCAUCAAGUAAGACCGCAAACAAGUUCGAGGGACUGUCUCAGCAAUCCAGCACCGGUUCUGCAAAGACUGCCCUUGGUCCAAGAGUUCUUCCUAAACUACCUCAGAAAGUGGCACUAAGGAAAACAGAAACCAGCCAUCACCUCUCCCUAGAUAAAGCCAACAUCCCGCCCGAGAUCUUCCAGAAGUCAUCGCAGUUGGCAGAGUUACCACAGAAGCCACCACCUGGAGACCUGCCCCCGAAGCCCACAGAACUGGCUCCCAAGCCCCAAAUUGGAGAUUUGCCACCGAAGCCAGGAGAACUGCCCCCCAAGCCGCAGCUGGGCGACCUGCCACCCAAGCCCCAGCUGGCAGACUUACCUCCCAAGCCACAGAUGAAGGACCUGCCUCCCAAACCACAGCUGGGGGACCUGCUGGUGAAACCCCAGACCGGAGAUGUCUCACCCAAGGCACAGCAGCCCCCCGACGUCACGCAGAAGGCACACCCGGCGGAUCUCUCCCCAAAUGUGCAGUCCCGAGACGCCAUCCAAAAGCAAGCAUCUGAAGACUCCAAUGACCUCACGCCCACUCUGCCAGAGACGCCCGUACCACUGCCCAGGAAAAUCAAUACGGGGAAAAACAAGGUGAGACGAGUGAAGACCAUCUACGACUGCCAGGCGGACAAUGACGACGAGCUCACGUUCAUGGAGGGGGAAGUGAUUGUCGUCACAGGGGAGGAGGACCAGGAGUGGUGGAUCGGACACAUCGAAGGACAGCCCGAACGGAAGGGGGUCUUCCCGGUGUCCUUUGUUCACAUCCUGUCCGACUAGCAGAAAGCAGAGCCCGACGAUUGUCCACAUCCUCAUGCGAGACUGCUGCCUGCACGUAACCCCGUGCACACGUGUGUAUAUAGCUGCUGUUACAGAACGAGAGACUCCCGGAAGGGCCACCUCAGGAGGGGACUCGGUGUGUGCUGUAAAUACCCCGUGGGCUCCGCCCUCGCCGGUGGUGGGGGGGCCCUGGGCCCGGCGCGCCGUCCUGGGCGCCCGGCACUUCCAUCCCGAUGCCCUUUUCCCAGCAGACAGACAAACCCAGGAGCAUAGGAGCUGCUGGCGUUGCGGGGAGAGGGUCUCCAGCAACCGCUGGGAGGCGGGGGAGCGGCUCUGUUCCUCACCAAACAGUAUUCGCAACCGCGUUGCCCACAGCGCAGCCUUAGCAGAGAGGUGGGUUCUGUUGUCCAGGUGAGACUUUCAGCUCCGUGAGAGCAGCCCGUAGUGCUAGCUGGGUGCACAGUUUACAGCUACCGCAACCGACGUGGGUAUUUAUUACAGAGAGAAGUGCUCGGUUCAGUGUGUAAGUGUUACUCCUCCGGCAAAGUGUCCACCGACCCAAAACCUUCGGUGGCACCUCACGGUCCCCACCGCCUCGCGCAGGGUAGGCCAGGUGGCUGUAUACUGUCUUCUGGCGAUGCGUGCCCGCCCCUGAGAUAUUACCUCAUUAUGCAGAAAUAACAUAUCCUUCACGACUAUUUUGACAAAAGCUUAAAACGCAUCUGAUGAAGUUCAACUCUGAGGAACCGAGGACCGCCAGGAAACAUUAGCCUCUACGUUAUGCAUGCAUUUAGAAGCUUACCUGAGAUCUGCCUUUUAUAAAGGAAUAGUACGGACAAGUGGAACUGUACGUUUUUUUAACUUGAUCGCCAUUAAAGCAGAAAUUAUAAGGUCGCAACACCUGUUUCUAGUCAGUCAUUUGGCUUUCCCAGAGCGUGAAGUUCCAUAUCCUAUCCUGAAUUCGCAUCCCGCACACGUGUUAAAAGCAUCUGAUACGUCAACUUAAAUUAUUCUCUUAGUCUUGUCCCCUGGUCAGUUUUAAACUCGUGAAAGACGGAUUCACGAAGAUGACGGAUUCAAAGGUCAGGCCCCCACCCCCCACCCCCCACGCUCUCCCCACCACCGAACCCGGGUGCCGAAACCAGCCUCUUCUUCCCCCGUGCUCUUGAUCACGCCCCAGUCGUAGGUGAGGUUCCCGGGCUUACGCUGUGCUGCGUAGACGCGGCACUGUCAAGCCAGGUCCCAGCCGAGUGCUCGGACGCCGCUGCGAGGGGCCCCGUGACCCGGCGGCCUCCCUGCAGCGAGUCUGCCUCCACGGCCUCCUGGUGCCAACACCGUGAGGAUGGGGUUGCGGCCAUCAGUCCGGGUUCUGGAAAGAACACAGUAGCUGCCCUCCCGGGGCAGCGGGGCUGCUCUCUUGAUUGCCAGGCUCGUGUGUCCCUCUGGCGUCACGUUUGCUUAAACUGCUUUGCUGGCAACAGCACCGAGAGCUAAGAGUUCUAAGCAGCUAACCUCGGCGGCGAGAGAGAAAGGUCCAUUUCACAGAAGCACAACUCCCCACCGACCCCUCGGAGAAGCCCCCGUAGCAGCGUCUCCGCGCUCAGUGAAUAGUGAUUUAGUUCUGCUUAAGUGAGUACUAUGAAAACUUCGAAUAACCACCUGAUAGGUAAACCUUGCAUGACAAACCUGCAACACAACAUCUCAGCUGUUCUGGAAAGUGAUGUUAAGCAGUUGUCGCCCGUGGAGGGGGGGACCCCGUGAGCUCCCCGCACAGAAGGCAGGCGUCGGGGAGCCCUUCCCGGGGCAUCUGCAGCCCCUGCUCGCAGGCCACGCUGGUGUCAGGACAGGAGGUCUCCGUCCGGAGUGACUUAGGGCCCUGGUUCAUUCAAGUACACGUUUUUAGUUGCAUUAAAGAACUAUUCGUUUUCGUGGCCUACAGUAUUUCCAGCUGAUCUCAAAAUAAACUGGUUUUUCUAAAAAAAAACUCAAAACCUAGAUGUCUAAAAUUACAUGGAGUCACUGUCUCUUCUUCUUUUCUUCUUUUGCAACAACUUUACACAAACGCAUUUUUUUUAAUGCCUCCCCGCCCCGGUUUUGUUUUUGUUUUCAUGAGGAAUCUGAGUUCUCUCUAACCCAGCUUACUGCGGGACAUAGGAAAGCUAGGUAUAAAUACCUUUGGUGAUCUCGGUCGGGUGUGAGUCUGAUAAGUGAACCACGAUCUGCAAUCUUGUACAUGAUAUAGUAUUUUGAAGGUUAUGGAACCUUAUGAAAAAAAAAUAGUUAAUUAGUUCUUUUUUUUCCCCCAGAGGGGAAAGUUACAUUCUGCAAAUAGUCUGUAUCUUAUUUUACUGUUGAACAGCAAUUGCUAUUUAUUUUUUUAUUGCCUAGAACUUCUACAUGUUGUGUAGGGAUCCCGUAGCGCCACCAGGUAAAUUCCAAACUCUCAUCUGGAUGUUACCACCAGACAUCAGUACGCUUGUCAUUUCACAUGUAUUUAAUGUGACUGUUUUUUCAGUACUGUAUGUGUUAAUUUCUACUUUUUUUAAUAUUUAAAAUUGCUUUUAAAUAAACAUAUUCUCAGUUGAUCCCAAACAUCUGAAAUCAAA